AUGUCGAAGCUUUUCAUUGGCGGUCUGUCCUGGAACACAACCGACGACAGCCUGCGCCACGGAUUCGAGCAAUUCGGCCACGUUGAGGAAGCUACUGUUGUCAAGGACCGUGACACUGGCCGCAGCCGCGGUUUCGGUUUCGUCCGCUUCUCCACCGAUGAGGAGGCUACUGCCGCCCAGGAAGCCAUGAACGAGCAAGAGUUCGACGGCCGCACAAUCCGUGUUGACAAGGCUACUGAGCGUGAGCGUGGUUCCGGUGGUGGCCGUGGUGGCUUCGGCGGCGGCCGUGGUGGUUACGGUGGCGGUGGCUACGGCGGUGGCCAGGGCUACGGCGGUGGCGGCUAUGGUGGCGGCCAGGGCGGUUACGGCGGUCAGCGCUACGGCGGUCAGGACGGUGGUAACCAGGGCGGCUACGGCGGCGGCCAGGGUGGCUACGGCGGUAACCAGGGUGGUUACUAA